AUGCCAGCACUUCUCCACGUGAAAAUUCUUGAAGGUCGCGACCUAUUAGCCAAAGACGUGACUGGCUCGAGUGAUCCUCAAAAAGCAAACACUACAUCCUGUCUGGACGAUGAAGAAUUCGAUCUUCCAGUGAGUGAUCCACUCAAAGAAAUGAUUGUCUUUGACGUGUAUGACAAAGAUCUCUUGACUCAAGAUGAUCUUUUAGGAUAUUGUUCAGUUCCUUUGAAUACACUUCGUAAAGGAGUGAAAGAGAAAUUGACACUCACAUUGAUGGGUGUAGAAAGAGGCUCUCUCAUCGUUGAACUAUUCACCAAUGAUUUUGGUCGUGGCUCUUCCGAAGAAGAUUCUCAUAUCAUUUAUGAUUUGCAUGGAAACAAGUUUAUUCACUCUGAAAUGAUUCACAAGAGUCAUGAUAUCAUGAAUAACAACCAUGGAGAGAAGAAGACGAACAAUAAUACAAGUAGUUGUGGUAGUAAUAGUAAUAAUAGUACUGGUGCGGGUACUGAUACUAAUAGUCAUGGAACAACAAGUAUCAAUGGUAGCAGUAUUGAACAAGUCAUUGUCUCAUCAUCCAGUCCAUCAACAACAGCAACAACAACAACACCACCACAAAUCACACCAAUGGGUAUUCCAUCUGCAACCAUGACCACUCCUCCACCCACCAUGUGGGUGCAUCAUACAGUACUGACAACGGUUACCACAACCACCUUUGUACCAUUGACUGCUUCAUCCACCACGAUCGUUGCCAUGGACAAUGCAAUUGCUGAUACUAGUUGUACUACGACUGGUAUUGUACCUUUUGUGAGCUCAUCAUCAUUCUCUCAAGGUAUGGAAGACAUGCAGCACUCCGACAUUCAACACUCUUUAUUAUCCAUUCCAGACGAAGUACUAGGAUUGAUUUUAUCCUUCUCAACCAUGACAGAUGGUGCAAAAUGGAGAUUUAGUAAGAAUGUUUCAGAGUUUUUAUUGAGAAGAGGACAUGUUGCAAUUUCAUUAGAUGACACCUCUAAGGUGUUGGUAUUUGGUGGUUAUGGAGGUGGUCGACAUCACAAUGAUUUAUUUGAAAUUGAUAUUGAUUCUAAUACUGUGACUUGUAGAGCAUGUGAUCAAAAUGAUGAUGAACAUGUAGAUUAUGAAGAUAUCAUAAUGGGAAGAUCUUUCUGUCCAGUUGUUAAGAUUGCAACAAAUAGAUAUCUCAUUCAUGGAGGUUAUUGCAAUUACACAAGUGAUGGUAACCCAAAUUUGAGUGAUGCAUGGAUUCUUGACACGAGUGAUGUCAAUAAUCAUCAAUACAAAUUCACAAAAUUUAAACAACAAGGACAAGUACCUCCAGCCGUAGAAAGUCAUUCUCUUGUGUAUUAUAAUGGACAUGUCAUUCUAUAUGGAGGAAGUAGUGUGUUGGAUGGAGAUGAUUUAGGUCAGAAAUAUAGUGAUGUCUAUGUACUCAAUAUUGAGACUGGACAGUGGAGUAAAUUGAGAAUGGAUGAAAGUAUUGACAAGCAUCCAGGAGCUCUCACAGGUCAUUCAUGUCACAUGAUUGAAAAUACCAAUCAAAUGAUUCUCUAUGGUGGUUAUAAUCGAAAUGAAGAGACUAAUAAUAAUAUUUGGAUUUUACAUAUUGUUCUUCCAGAUGAAACUCGUUUCUUUAAAGAAUAUAGUUAUUGGGAACAAGUAACACUCUCUCCUCAUAAUACAUUCCUUCCUCACUGCACAUUGUAUCAUCGCUCUGUACUCGUUGAGAACAAGAAAUUAUUUGUUUAUGGAGGUUCUAGAGAUUGGAACAAUCAACAGUUGAGCAACCAAUUUGUUGUUUUUGAUUUGGAAAAGAAGAUUUGGAAGAGGAUUGAUGAUGACAAGGAAUACUUUUGUUGUAAAACAAAUCGUGAAAGUGGAGCGCUACUGAGCUUGUACGGUCAUACACUGACUUAUUUACCACAGAGUAAGAAAUUUGUAGCAACAGGAGGAACAAGCUUUGAAUGCAGUUCCGAUAAUUACAAAUCUCUUGCUGAAUUUGUGGGUGUAUUUCAUCAAUUAUUGCAAUAA